ACUUUCACUUUCACUUUCAAAGACAUAGAAUAAAGUGUAGAUGCCAGGCACCCGUAUCCUAAAGCAAGAUGUUAAAGCACCUGGACAGGACUGUGGAGAGAAAUGGCAAAGCUGGUUGUUCCAGAAAUAGCCCCCCAUGUCGUUCCCCACAGAAUCAUCAGGGGUCGAAAAGAAGAGCUCACAGUAAGAGCUUUCUGGAAAGAGGCAGUGUGAUGUGCCCUGCACCACCUGUCCGUGAGGGACAGAGGGCUCACCUCUUCCCCACUUUUAGAGGAGUAAGAGAAGGAACUUCUAGGAAGCCACUCAACAAGCUUGCUGUAGUCCCAGCAGUCUCCCGACAGCUCGGAUCCAGCGGGGACCAAGUGUAGAUCCCAGAGAAGGAGCUGCCCCAGGGCCUCCAGCAAAAGGGCCACCCACAGGGGACUGUGACUUCACCGGAGGGGUAUGCGGCCCUAGGUCACAGGCUUGAUGUCAAGGGGCUGUUAAAAGGCCAGCAGGAGAGAAGACAGUUCCUGCCAGGUGGGAACUAACUGCAGCCAGAGGCCCCGACAGGGAAUCUGGGAGGCAACUGGGAAGGACGGGAUGCUGGACGCUGCCUUGCCCAGAGGAUGCCACCUGCAGGCCAGGACUCCUCCUCCUCUCCCCUCUCCCCUCCAUGCCCAGCCCCAGAGGGGCCCCAACAGCAGUUCUGAGUAGAAAAGGGGGUCUUUUCUACUCAGCAAAGAGUAGAAAGUAGUCUACAAAGCAAGAGACCCUGAGCAGUCCCCCUCCCAAACAUCAGGCCUCCAAGCAUAGCUGGAAGAAAGGAAAAAGGCUUCAACUGGAUAAGAGAUUGGAAUUGCAACAAUCAUUGGGCUGUGUGUUUUCUUAUCCAAGUGAGACUACAAAAGCUACUGUACUUGAAAUUAGGUCUGAAAUUUCAUCAAGGAGCAGAGACAUCCCAGAGCCAGGGUGAAGAGGCGGUCAGUGAAAGGGCCGUAGACUGAACUUCAGCUAUGAUCGCAGCCACUGCCAAAGCAGACGUAGUCACAGUUCUUCUCGGCUUUGACGGCAGCCCUUGGUGGCUUCCAUUUCUAGAGAAAAGUGAGCCAGCGCUGGUCUGAGGAGGUACCGCCAAGCAGGGCAGGAUUCCUGUGCUUCCAGCACCCUCUCCUUUCAGCAGCAAGCAUACGCUUCUGUUUUUACUAUUUUACAUCUCUCUUUUUAAAAAAAUUUAUUGAAGUAUACCUGAUUCACAAUGUUGUAUUAAUUUCUGCUGUACCGCAAAGUGAUUCAGUUAUACAUAUAUGUAUAUUCUUUUUCAUCUCCUUUUCCAUUGUGGUUUAUCAAUGAAUACCGAAUAUAGUUCCCUCUGCUAUACAGUGGGACCUCCUUAUUCUAGUAUCUCUCUUUUACAUUCCAUGCAAACAAAUCACGGUCUUUUGUCAGGUGUUGCCUUGGCCCCCUUACAGGUGCUUAGGUGGCAGCUUUUUAAACAUCUGCAUUUUUUUUUAACAUCUGCACUGGAGCCCAGUGGCUAGAACCCAGGCUCUGGGCAGACUCGCAGAAGAUCAGCUGGCACAUGUUAAGUUCUAUGGUGGUUAGCUGAACAGUGGUAAAAUCAUUCUUGCAUUUUCAUCUCUCAGAUGGGGCCUUUCACAUAGCCCCAUUCCGUCCUUUGGGGCUACUCCUGAUCUAAUGCUAAGCAUUGACAUUUCUAUAUUGAUUCUUUUUAGCUUCCCCGGUGGCUCAGUGGUGAAGAAUCCUCCUGCUAAUGCAGGAGACACAGGUUCGAUCCCUAGGUCAGGAAGAUGCCCCGGAAGAGGAAACGGCAACCCACUCCAGUAUUCUUGCUUGGGAAACCCCAUGGACAGUGGAGCCUGGUAGGGCCACAGUCCAUGGGGGAUCAUAAAAGAAGCAGACACGACUUUAACAACUACAACAAAACCUCUACUUUCACGGGGGCACUUUCUGACCUGUUCCCUAAUUCUAGCAGAGUCUGGAGCUCAGAGCUCCUCAAACGGCGACACACUCAGCACUCCUUCUCCAUGGACUUUUUUCUCCCUCUGCCUGCAGCCGCCAGCGCACUGACGGGCCCACGGCUGGUGUCCGGGGAGCCUGGGGGAGCUGUGACCAUCCGGUGCCGGUACCCCAGCUUGGCCAUCAACAGCCACCUGAGGAAGUACUGGUGCCGCCUCGGGCCCCCUGCGGGGAUCUGCCGCACCGUCGUGUCCACCAACCGCUACACGCACGGGCGCUACCGCGGCCGCGUGGCCCUCGCGGACUUCCCGAAAAGAGGCUUGUUUGUGGUGAGGCUGUCCCGGCUGUCCCCGGAGGACGAGGGGCGCUACCGCUGCGGCCUCGGGAACUCAAACAACGCGCUCUUCUUCAGCAUGAACCUGACGGUCUCUCCAGGUCUUUCCAGAACCAUCCCCACAGCCACUCUGGCCUAUGGUGAGCUCAUCACAGGAUCCUUUGAAAUAACAUCACCCCCAGCCACCAAAAGAUGCACACGAGGAAACACCCAGAUGACAGGAAGACAGAGGACAGGAUGGGAUACAGUUGCCCUGACUCCAGGAGCCAGGAGAACCACGGCUUCAGCCACGGGAAGGCAAACCCCAGGAGCAACCGCGGCGGUGGCUCCAGGGACAGGCAGCCAGGUAGAGGGCUCCGUCUGGGCAGCUGUGCCCCCUGUGCAGAGUCCGGCUUCAACAGUCAGAGGCAUGACCGGUGCAACAGAACAGGGUCUGGUGUGGAGCACCAGCAAUUCAGAAGCAACCAGGGCCAGGGCCAGCGAAAGAGAGAGGGAAACUACUCCUGGGGUUAACAGGCCAAGCGAGGAGACAGAGAGCAUCAGCGCAACCCCGGGCACCACUGAGACAGCCGCAGGGACCAUUAGGCCAUCGACCCUGGCCUCAGAAAGAUGGAUGUGGGAACCCCUCCAAGAGGAGACAUCGGCUUCUGAGCCACAGAGCCUGGGCUCCAUUGAAGGGACCAUCCUGGCUGCGGCUGUGUGGACCUCAGAGCCAACCCGCAUAGAGAUGGCGUCUGUGGAGGGAAGCAGUGAAGGUGACCCGGACACCCCUGCAGGAGACGGUGGUCCCCGCGUGAUGCCGAGCCAGGCCCUGGCAGAGGGGCCCCCCGGGUCCCCGGCCGAGGAGUCUUCCGUAAAGAGCGCUUCUCUGGAAGAGAAGAACUUCUCUGGGAUCCUGACUCCAGUCUCGUCGGUGCUGUGCCCGCUUAUGCUGGUGACCCUUGUUCUAUGGAAAAGGAAGCUCCAGAGGAAAGGGAGCUCUCAGAAGACAGGAAGGCCCUCAGGGGUCACCUUGAUUCAGAUGACACAGUUCCUGGAGCUGGGCCUCCAGCCAGGCCAGCCACCCCCGGUGGGAAGGAAGAGGCUCCAAGUUGACCCUCCUCCUCUCCACGCCAGCCUGAGUCUCCCGGCAAGAGACCCAGGACCCUAAGGAAUGGAAGAAUAAGCCGCUCGGUCACUGUGGAAGAGGAACCAGGACUGAAUACCAUAGCCCAGCUUCUUCUCUUCCUUUCUCCACGUGAAGAGCUGAGGCAGAGGGAGCUGGGGGAGGGGGGUGUGGGACUCCAUCUAGGGAGACAAAGGCUGGGCCAAGGAAGGUCGAGCAUUUUCCACGGCCAUAAGUGACACUGUGACUCAAAGAAGGCUGCAAGAAAGAAUCAGUUCACUACUGGUGAAAGUCAGUGGACCCGGAUAAGGCGUGAAAUUUCCAUUCCUGGAGGUUUGAAAAUAGGAGAGGCUUCCAAUCAGAGUGCAAUGUUAACAAAAUUUCAACCAUCACUCCUAGCCCCUGUAGGUGCCCCCUUUUCUAAUGUCUGUUAGCACCCAGCCUGCUGCACACGUUUGAUUAUUCAUUUCCAGUAGAUUCUAAGCUCUGGGGGCAGUAAUUGCGUGUUGUCCUUCUCACUACGUCCCCGAAGAACUUCAACUCAGUAGAACCCCCAAUAAAUAAGUGUAUUGAAUGGCUGACUGGAGGGCCGUGGUCUCUGUGGCCUCUGGUGACCCUGCCCAUGAAGAUGCUCUGAAGCGCUUUCAAUGUUGGGGGGCUGCCCAUAGAUGAUCCCACAGGUCCCUACAUGGGGACCAAGAGAAAGAACACUUGUUCCCCAUUCAUCCCUCCCCAUUUGGCCCCAUACUCACUAUGCUGUAGACCUUUUGACCCAGUCAAGAUUUUCUGGGAUUUUCCUAAGUUCAUGAAGGAGAAGGGUAUUUUUCAGUAGAUUCUCAUCUUCUUCAUAAAGCUCCUCUUAUUCAACUGCUUAUAAAUCCCUGAUGCCAAGGACUGUUGAUAAAGCUGGAAAGCGGUUAUGGUAAGAGGGGUGGAUAAGAAAGAAGAUGGCCAAGAGGAAUUUUAUGUGGAUUCUGCUUUGCGACCAUUUCAUCACAUGCUUAUUGGGGGUUUUGCUCUAGUCCCGGGUGUCAUGUCUCAUCAGGUGUCACCUCUGCUCUUUCACUUUGCCAGAUCUGUCAACAAGCUGUCUGAGCUUCAUGUUUGGACAGAGCAACCCUCGAGCAAUGGAAGAGAAGGGAAAGAAAGGCUCCACCAUCAAGUCAGGAAUUGUCAGGUAGAUAUUCCCAGAAGGCUCAGCCCUGCCUCCUAAGCUGUCAGCAGCACCACAAAUCCUACCUUGCUGCCCCUGCAAAGCUGGGGCUGAACCCAGACGCUGUCCAGAGAGCAUAAAUAUGAAACGCUCUUCAUGGUUUGGGAGAGAAAUGCUCACUGUUUUGGGUAAGCAGUGAAGUUGCCUGCACAUAACCAAACGGAUUACAGAACUUUAGCACUAAUAGAUCCUCAGAGAUCAACCAGUCUAAAACCCACUGCCCAGGGUGAGAAAACUGAGACCCUGUGGCAGCAAAACAGCUUGCUGAAAGUCACUGAGUUAACCCAGUUAGAAUUAGCAGGAUGAGGACUAGAAAAGGGAACUCAUGACCUUGACCUAGCACUUUCCUCACUUCACCUUUGCUAAACACCAUAUCAGAGCAAAACUCAUCAUCAAAACUCAGGAAUCAAAGACACCACACCCCUGGCUCUAGACCAUUUUCAUGCACAUGAUCUCAGGGGCCUGCUUCAAACCCCUGUAAGAGAGACAGAAGAGCCACCAUCAUCCCAUCCAACCGAUGUGGAAACAGGCCCUCAGGGGUAUAGAGUUCAACCACGGUCCCUCAGCUCAUGGCAUGCAGGAAUGGGAGCAAAUCAGACUGUACAGGGUCCUAUACACUCCAGCAGUGUUUUCCAGAGGCAUCCACAAAACGCUAGCUUCUGAGAACUGUUACGAGCUAUUCUGAGGAAAAGGUUUGGUAGAUCAAAGAAAUUUGGGAAACAUGGCUUAAACCAAAAGCAGGUUUUGUGGAGGAAUUUUGGAAGACUUUAAUACACCAACAUGCAUUAUGAAUAGCCCUGGUGGGAGGGUCAGGGGACAUUGUACGUGUUUCCUCGGGUUUUGGACUAUCGUGUUUAGCUUGAAGCGACCUCACAAGACUGGGCUCCUCAAAUCUCUCCUUGUUUGGGGAAGCCUGAUGCACUGAAUCAGGGGUCACAACCCUUUUCUAUAAAGGGCCAGAGAGCAAAUACUUCAGACUUUGCAGGCUGUAAAGCCUCUGUUGCAACUGCUCCACUCUGCCCUGGCAACCCAGAAGUGGCCAAAAACCAUCCUGAAAUGAAUAACUUUUGGCUGUGUUCCAACAAAACUAUUUACAGAAGCAGGCCACAGGCUGGAUCUGGCUCAAGAGUGGUAAUUAAUUUACAGCCUUAAUGCCAAUCCCUGCAUUAAACCGUAAAACCAACUGAGGCUCUCCACUUCCCACUCUGAUAUGAAGGAUCUGACUGCAACCUCUUCAACAGCUUCCCUUGACCACCCUUUGCUGGCACCUUCCUCCUUCUGAGCCCUUGUAAGCCUCUGUCUGGGAUGCAGCAGUUGGGCAUUCUGCCUGACCACCUGCCUGGGGGAGGGAGGGCACCUGGGGGCCAGGGUGUUGUCCAAGAGGUUGGGGUCAGGGGCAGCUUCCAGAAGUAGGAGAGGCUGCCAAACCAGAGUGUUCCAAGGAAAGCUGAGGUCCACCAGCGGGGAGAGCCAGUACAAGCUCAAAGGGAUGGAGCAGAGCCAAGACCAAAGUCGUUGGAGCUGAGCAGAGAUAAGAUCUGAGUGAAAUCAGGGCCAGGAAGGAAGUGGGGGAACCCCUAAGGCUUAAGGCCCUCUUUUAUGGGCUUUAGGCGCUCCUUUAUGGGCUAACAGAUACUUGGAGAGGGGCAAGGGCCAGGAUUUAAAGGGCCAAAGGCAAAGGAGGCUAAGAAGGCCAUGGCCACCGCUGGGAACUGUCAGCGCUCUGGUUUUUAAUCUCUUAUCCCCAGCUAGCUUGAUAUCCACAUCUCUGGGACGAGGAGCAGGGGGACUUCCAUCUCUGAAGCUAGAAUCAGCCAAGUGUCCAUGGGAAGUAUCCAAGAUACAGGGAAGCACUCCCUUUCCUAAGAUCAAGCAUGUUGUCUGGAUUAGGGAGCAACCCUCCCAAGUCUCACCUUGCUACAUAACAAUGCAGCUGCUGUUCAUUGAGUAUCUCUACCAAGCAGGCCCACUCCCGGGUGUUUUCAUAUUCCACGUGCACUUGAUGCAACAUUUCUAUAAAGUAGGCAAGAUAAUCCCCAUUUUACAGAUGAGAAGACUGAGGAGACAGAAAGAGGCCGGGAGCCACUGAACACAAGGCAGCCACAAACGAAAUCCUUGAUCAUGGCACUGCACCACCGUGCUUGGACUUACAGCCUGCUUAUUUUGGCCACACGCUUCCCUGUUUAAGAUUCUAGAGAAGUCCUUGUUUUCCUCUUUUAGGCCUGUGUGUAAAAGGUCUCAUAAUCAUUUCCAGUCAUUUGUUCUCUUCAGUCACUGAGCUGACCUAUUCCUGUCCUGGCUAAGUGAAGCGGGAAAGUUCAGAGAGCUGGAGCUAAGUGAGAAAACUUCACUGACCAGCCCUGAGGUCCUUACUGGCAUUUGCAAAAAUCCAGCUCAGAUCCUAACCACUUGCAGGGGUGUCCAUCUGUCACGGGUAACUCAGGACAAGCGCUUGACUUGGCAGCCGGCUUCUCAUACCCUUCUCAUACAAGGCUUUGGGGGGUUUCUUCCUCUACGCCAGGAGCCAGUGGGGUCUGGGAAGUAUAGAAUCAGCCCCCGUCAGAUACAGAGAGGGAGGUAUUUCCACGAAAGGACUUACACUUCACUUCAGUCAAGUAGACAUGUAUUAUGUGAUUAUUUUCCAUUGGUGCAGAUAAUCCAGGGCUAAGAGCUUGACAAAGGUUGAAUGGAGAAUGGAGAGCCCGUACUAAGGAAGUGCAUUCUCUGUGGGUGGUGCUGCAUGCCAAGUCCAGGGCCACCAAGCCCUCCAUUUUUCUUGAAGUGACACAGCGUGACUUACAGGCACUGGGCCUCCCAGGCCAAACUGCUCCCCUCACUGUCAACAAGGGGCUGAGCCAUCACCCCACGGCCCACCCUCCAAGGGGACAGCUGAAACCCAGAUGGGCAGCAGAGAGGUGCCAGCUGCCAGAACGGACCCGAUGCUGCACUCCUAGAGGCCCAUAGACAUCACGAGCACUGAAGCACUGGGUCAGGGGGCCGCUGUUAGCCUCCUUGUCCUGUUUGGCUGAAACAUUCCAUGAUUAGCAUCUAGGGUUUUCUGUUCUGUCUCUUCCGGCCUCUGCCCAAGUUCCCAUCCUUUGCCUGUUUGUUGCCUUGAUCUAGACCUACCAGUUUUGCUCUGAGCACAGAGGUUCAGUUAACAAGGGCCACCUCCUUUCCUAACAUUACAGAUUCCUGGUUCCCCAACCCUGAGUAUCUUAGAAGGAAGAAAGCCAUGAUGACUGUGACCGAAAGCAUUUUCCAAGUUGUCCCAUAAUUUGAUGAUGUUGCGCUUCAGACAAGAGUUCAGGAAGAGGGCACUGGGGAGUUUGCUUCUUUAAAUCCUGGCAUGGGAAGGACAGACUGGUUAGGAAAUACAAUUCUCCCCGACCCGUGUAGCACAGACAGCUGAAAACCAACUACAGUAUACAUCACUGGAAAGAAGCGGAUUAGACACCAUUGUACAGGUGGGAAUGUUGAGGCUCGGAUGGGCACAGGCUGCAGGGGGAUUACAGAGGAUGUGUUUUUAAUGGCUGCCGCCAGGCAAAGCUUCAGCUAAAGGCCAAGCUCAGACCAGGAACAAGGAAACAGCAAGUUUUCAGGAGGACCCCAGUGGCUUAUGAGAGGGGCUGGGCCCUGCCACCUGAGACUCCACCUAUUGACUUUGGAUGUCUGCUCUGAAAAUCUUCCUUCUUCCGCCCCUCCCUGGCCAGGGGAUGGAGGCAGUAGAGGGCAAGAGAGUGGUUUGGUAACUUCAGAAAAGAUUUGCUCAUUUGUUCCUGCCUAGCAGAAUCAGAGAAUAAAAGCUCUCUGGGGUCCCGGAACUGGCCUAGGGGAAACUGAAGGAACCUGGGGACCGAAGCCAACUUUCCACUUCCAGGAUCUUUCACUCUCUGGUUCGACACUUCUAGCCCCCUCGGGCUCAGGCGUGCCCACCACCAUCUCUGCCGUCACACCCCCACCAGUCACAACGAUCGAGUACAGACAACCCCCGACUCCCGCCCCACUCCAGAAGGCCUAGAAGAAAUGUCGUUUUCACUUUCUAAUUAGGAAUCAACAGAGCUAGGAAAACAGUGAAGGACUAGACAUCUGGGCAGUGACACAGGGAGGCAAGUUGUCAGGGAGAAGGAGGUGACUCAGUGAGUUCAUGGAGACAGAGAAAAGAUCUGAGGCCCCGGUGCACACACGUGGCCAGUCAGUCGCUCUCUGCGACACAUCCAGUGACCUGAACCUUGAAUCUGGUAGCAGCCCUCCUCCCCUCACACUCCCCACAUGCCUGCCACCCAGCGUGCCACUGUGACUUUUCCCUCAUUGCGGUUGUUCUUGGCAUGGACACGAAGCUGCCAGGUCAUAGAUGCUCUGCUCCAAGUCCCCUAAGAAGGGCCCUGUGGAUCCCCUAUGAAAUCACCCACCAGCCAGGCAAACAUUUAUAAGGAAGCUUCCUCCUACCUACUUCCUGACAGGGAGGUUCACCAGAAAACCUCUGAACAUAAGUCUGGGCUCAGAGACUCCUCCAAAAUCUGACCCGAGCUAAGCCAGGCCAACUGGACAGUUCCAGUCUGGGGCUCCAGGCAGUGACCACACAGGGACCACGCUGCCAAGCUGAGCAAAAGUGCAGUCGUCCACGUCCCAGGCCCUCUCUCAAGCCCCAAAGGUGAAAUUAAAACAGCAAGAGCCAACGCUGUGCUCCUGCCAGUGGAUGCCAGCUGGGCCAGGAAAUACUAGAUCAUUAUUUGCUGAUGGCAAGGGCAGGCAACCUGGGCAUAAAUAAUCCCAAAUGGUCCACUUCCUUAAAAAACAGGGUUGGGAGACGGGGAGAGGGGCUUGGUAUUUAGCUUUUGCAGAGGCACUGUCACAAUUCUCUUUUCCAGCGAUUGUUACUCAAAUGCUCUAUAAAUGCUUACCAAGAAAUGCUCCAUUUCAGGGCUGGCUGGCCUGGGAUUAAACAUUGACUGCAGACAAGGGUUAAACAUUGACUCAGCUAAAGACCUGCACAUGGGAGCAGAGAGCUGGCAGCAAACAGCAGCGGUAGGCAUUUCCUCUCUCCACUCUUAGCCCACUUGUCCCGCAAAGCUGCAUUAGCGAGGACUGUCCCCAGGGAGCGAUGCUGAAAGGGCAGUGGAGAUCUGGGGAAGGACCAGAUAGCAUAGGCCUCCCCUUCUCUGUUGGUGGCUGAGUCAGCCCAGGAUCUGGGAGCCUCACACUGGUAGUGCCAACCUGGGGGCCUGUGGAUCUGGCCUUCUCCAGUCUUGGCGGGAUCAAUUCUUGGCAGGUGCAAAUGGGAGCCCUUGGCUGCCUGGGAAAACAGACUUCCAAAGAUUCAUCCGGGGGAAUAAAGGCUUUGGGAAAUGGAGGAAAGUGCUCAAUGUUGGGAGACCUUGGUUCUUGACCCAUCCAUGCCAUCAGCUCAUUGUGCAAACCUGGCCAAGUCCUCCCACUUCCCUGCCCUUGGUUCCUCAUGGGUCAGCGGAGAAAUCAGUCCAUUCCAACAGCCUCUGCUGUCCCCUUGCUGAACCAUCAACACCUUCUAGAUGCCAGCCACCGUCCAUAUUAUACUUAAUCUUCACACCGUAGUAAUGGGGUAAGGAUAAUUAGCCCCAUUUUAUAAAUGAGAAAACCAAGGCCCAGAGACAUUAAAUAACUUGUCAAGGGGCCCCCUGCUAGGAGGUGGCAGGACUUGGAUGUGAACCCAGGGAGUUCCAGGUCUGGAGUGUGGGAGCUUUCCCAAGGCUGCACUGCCUGGCUGGUGUGUGGGGCUGAUGACUCUUCAGUUAGACAAAAAGCCCUUGGGGAACAGGGAUGCACACCCCUGCAUGUCUCAAAUUUCCCUGGACCUCGAACUUGCUGCAGGCGUAGUUUUGCAGUAGACUGAUUGAACAACUGGUCACGGACACAGCAGAAGUUUGUGGUGGGCUGAAAAAUGGCCUCCCAAAGAUAGGUCCACCUCUGAUCCCUAGAAUCUAUAAGUGUUACAGGAUCUUGAGAUGAGAUCAUCCUGGAUUAUCUAGAUAGACCCCAAAGGCCAUCACAAGUGUCCUUAUAAGAGAGGCAGAGAAACAUUUGAGACCCACAGAAGACAAUGUGAGCCAAGGACACAGAUCAGAGUGGUGUGGCUACAAGGCAAAGAGGGCCAAGGAAUGCCAGCAGCCACCAGGAGCUGGAAGAAACAAGAGUCUGGUUCUUCCCCUGAGCCUCCGAGGGAGCCCUGAGCCCACACCCUGAUCUCCGACGUUUGCCUUCUAAGAAAGAACACUUUUCAGCUGUUUUAGGCCACUCAGGUUGUGGUCAUUUGUUGCAGCCGCCAUAGGAAACUAAUGUGAUGCUCAAUCAAAACACAGAGUCCUAGAACUGGGAAAGCCUUGGAGGUCAUUUUGUCCAGUGCCCAAGUUUAACAGAUGAAACACCUGCAGCCCCGAAGGGGGAGGUGAUUUGGCGAAGGUCGCUCAGUAAGUUAGAGCUGGGUAGAGGCUCACUGACCCCAAGCCAGGGCUCCCCAACUGAUUCGUGCCGAGUCCCAGGGUCGUGAAAGGCAAACGAGGAGACUUUCUCAUUAUUAUUUUCCUCUCUGAUUAUUAUUUUAAGAGGGAGGGGGAGCUCUUAAACAGAUGAAGCACUGUCCAUCUUGGAGGUGUAACUCCUGCUUUUACCGUCAUCACUCUUGAGUCGGGCGGCCACUCUCCUCCCCCAGGACUGGGAGGAAUGGCCUAUGUCUUGGAGCCAGUAGGUUCCCGGUGGGGAAACUGCAGCGAAAGACGGGAAGCUGGGGGACUCCAGUCACACCGCUAGCAUGUGGCUGAGCCCAAAAUAGGACCCAGGGUUCUGACUUCAUCACUCUUCCCUGGUUCUGCUUCUCAUUUGCUUCUUUCCCUAAGCUGGGUCAGUAGGCAACGUGGACUUGGGGUACGUGUGGCAGCAUGGGCACGAUCAGCUAAGAUGGUUUUGGGACUCCUGGGAACGCACCAAAACAUGAUCCAAGAAACGUCCCGUCAUCACAGACUGUAGGGCUAGGAGAGGAGCCCUGGGCCCCUCAGGCAGCCUGAGAAGCAGCUGUUUCCUGGACAUGUUUCCCUCCCUCCCCACAGGCCGAAACUCAUCAAGGUUGUGUCCUAGGGCUAAGAGGGUCCCCCUUAAGCCGGACUCCAGACACCUAGACACAAGGUAGCCCUGCUUUGGGGGAAGUGGGUAAAUGAGAAUAAGAGAACAAAACCUACAAAUAGCUUGACGAUCGAAUUCCAAAGAAGAGAGAAAUAAGAAGGAAAAACCUUUGAAAGGAGCCGUAUAACCUGACAGAACUAGAAUUUUCCCCUCAUUGUCCCCAAACCAUCUCCACCUCCCCUCACACUCUCCCACUUCAUACUGACCCUGGGGCUAGGGAAGGAGAAUGAUAGCUGAGCAGGGAAGAAAGAUGGCUCAGCUAUCGAUGCGUCUCUGGGCCUGUCAUCCCCCCAUCACCGCGGGGCUUAGUCCAGGGCUGCCGCUGGAGAGGAGACUGACAUUGAUGGAUAGACCCCCAAGGGUUUGGGGAUGCCAGACAAGGGGGCCUGCGCCUUGCUUGUCCUGUAUGGAGCUCUGGGGUCGGCAUCUUACCAUUGUCCACUGAAGCCCCAGUUACGUGGGGCAGGUGAGUGCAGAAAGCUGCAGGGGUAUUGGAGAAAAUGAGGCUCUGAAACACGGGAUCUGAAAAUACCAGAAAAAUAUGAGUGAGCCACACUUGCCCUGCACACACUGGAGGUCCUACCUGCAGGAGCCCAGACGCAGAGACAAGGAGACCCGGGGUGGGCAACAGACCUUUCAAGAUGGGCCGGCGUAAAGGCCACAAGCCAGCAGGAGGUGUCACACCGCAGCGGACGGGGCUAUUCCCUUCUAGAGCACGAGGCCCACUCAGAGCCAACGUAGGGGCUCCUUCCCUCCGUCUUGAAGUCACACUGGUGCAAGCCGCCCCCUCACCCAGACCCGCUCCCCCAGGGUUCACAGAAACACCAGAGCAGCGACAGGGGGACAGAAAGGAAAGCCAACCCAGAAUGAGACUGAGUUUUAAAUCGGGAGGAAAGUGAACGAGAUAUCACUGAAUCGGACCAACUUUACAUAUAAGUGACUAGGUAACUUUUUCCCAACAUCAGUCAGAUUAUGGCUUUAAGGUCUGGAAAAAAAAGCUGCAUAAUAGAAAACAAGGUUUAUUUUCUCACCAUCCAAACCCAUGACCUCAGGCUGAUAGCCCACCGUGACUGAGUGCCUAAAAUAAGACCCAGGUUCUGCCUGCCUUGUGUUUUUUCCAGGACUCUAUUUCCCCUUUCCUUCUUCCCCUUCUGGGGUCCGGCCUGCAGAACGCUGUAGACAGAGCCUGGGCCAGCCCUGCACAGGUAGGACUGGGUGGGAUUCUUGCAUGGGGUGGGCGUGUGAGGGGUGGGGGGAGCACACGAAUGUCGGGGAGGGGGCUCCACUUGUAUGACUCGGACGAAGAUCGUUUGGGGAACUCCUGGGAGUCCUAACGAGGUCAGGUCAGGGAAACCACCAAGGACUAACAGAGUCAGGGAGGGAGGCUUCUACCGCAGCUCAGAUGGUCAGCACCCAUUUUGCCGAGUGAGGCGCCAAGCCCGGGUCCCAGCAAGACCCUGAGCUCUGCCAUUCCCGGAAGCCCGGGGCAGCCGGAGCCUCCAGCUCCUCUAGCAUGUGAGAGGGGAAAAACACGGUCCCCUGGGCCCUGGGGGCUCUGGGACUGAUGAAAGGGGCUCUGCAGGAGAUGCAGAAAGAGUGGACUUAAUCCAGGAAGUAGGGGACGGGUCCCCAGGUGUGUGGAGAUGUGAGGCUAUUCCUGCCACCUGUACCCUUCAAAUGCAUAUCAACUCUGCACUAAUAUCUGGUGCUAGCCUCAGCCUGAAGGUUUGGUAUCACUCUCUCUAUUUUCCAGCUAAAAAGAAAUAAUGAAGGGGACUUGCCUAAGAUCUUGCAGCUGGAAAGCAAACAGAACAGGCUCUCCAUGCUUGAUACCCUGUCUCCCAUCCUGCAGAUGCAAUGAUGGGGGACUCCAAAGUAACAGUCUCCCCAAGGUCAAGGAGAAGCAAGUG